AUGCGCAAUGUCCUCGCUCGUAGCUUGGGACCUGUACCACCUGCCAGAGCUAUCACUCGCCGGUCCCCCUCAGCUACUCUUCGGCAUCUCUCGGCUUCAUCUGUACCCCUUCGCAGAGCUCAAUCAGCUCUUCCAGCUUUCGCGCCUCGGCAUGCCGACCAGUCAUUUCCACCGCCAAUAGCAACGCCCGUCACGGGCACCUCAUCCUCGGCAGACGAUUCCAAUCUCCGGGCCCACUUCGACCAGCCCCUAUCUCCCCCUUCAUCAUCUUACGCCUCAUCCUCCCAUCCCGGCCUCUUUCUCUUCCCCCCACUCACCGACCCCUCCUCACUGGGUCGGUUGACGGAAAGGACCCUCAUUCAUGGUCAUGCCAUCGUUCAGCGGAUCCGGAAUGCCCCGCUCGAUCCCACCGGCCGGGAACUACGGUUAGUGGUCAAGAACCUGGAUCGGCUGAGCGAUCUCCUCUGCGGCGUAGUGGACAUGUGCGAGCUGGUACGGAAUGUACAUCCGGAGCAGGAAUGGGUACAAGCGGCAGAUAUGGCGUAUGAGCGUUUGUGUGGGUUGAUGAAUGAGCUGAAUACGGAUCAGGGCCUGUACAAGUCUUUGGUCGCUACGCUACAGCACGAACAUACAGCACCACUUUCAGAAGCUGAGACUCAAGUCGCCCUUACCUUCCUCCGUGACUUUGAAAAGUCCGGUAUCCACCUUCCUCCAGAUCUCCGCCAACGAGUCGUCGAGCUCUCCGACUCGAUCCUCUCCCUCGGCCGGACUUUCCUCACCUACGCAUCCUCCGGACCUAGUCCAACACCCCUCAUCGAACUUCCAGACGCAGACACGCUACUCGCGGGGCUCGGCAGCCAAUUCAUCACCUCCCUACCGCGCGGCAGGCUCGGGAAGCGGGGGAGCCGAUAUGUCACCCCCGGAAGCUGGGAGGCGCAGAUGAUCGCCCGGUAUGCGAGGGAAGGAGAGGCCCGGCGACUGGUCUAUAUCGGUGGGGUGAGGAGGGAUGAAGAAAGGGUGGAGGUGCUGGAGCGGAUGUUGCGAGAACGGGCGGAGUUGGCGGCUGUAUUAGGUAAAGAGAGCUGGGCGGAGGUGGUCCUGGUGGAUAAGAUGGCCAAGACGCCUGGGAACGUCAUGGGAUUCUUGUCGUCCCUAGCGGACCAACAUCGUCCUGCAGCUGCCGCGGACGUUGCGACUCUCCAACGACUCAAAGCGCACGGUAUCACCGGCCGCGAGGUGUCGUCCAAAAUCAGCCCGGCCGCUCUCCCGCCCCUACACGCAUGGGAUCGGGACUACUACUCUGAGCGGCAUCUCAUGUCGACCACUCCUUCCUCCUCACUCCCGCCCAUAUCGCCGUACUUCUCCACCGGAUCGGCGAUGCUCGGCCUCUCUCGCCUCUUCUCUCGGCUAUAUGGCAUCUCAUUCCGAGUCGCCGAGAUGGAGCCUGGAGAGGGCUUCCACCCUAGCGUCAGGCGACUGGAUGUGGUGGAUGAGGAAGAAGGUCUGAUCGGGGUGAUCUACUGCGACCUCUUCUCCAGGGAGGGGAAACCUGCGGGUGCGGCGCACUACACCGUGCGUUGCUCGAGACGCGUGGACGAUGACGAUCUCGCCGGCGACAAGCUUCAGCCUGAGUGGGAUGAGGCAUAUGGGCCGGGUCUGGAAGUGGAGGGAGAUGAGAUCAGGGGAAGGGAGGGGAGGUAUCAGCUGCCCGUGGUCGUGCUGACGACGGACUUUGGGAAGGUGGAGGAGGGUAGACCCGCCCUGUUAGCCUGGAGUGACCUCGAAACUCUCUUCCACGAGAUGGGGCAUGCCCUUCAUUCUAUGAUCGGGCGCACGGACUAUCACAACGUCUCCGGUACCCGCUGCGCUACCGACUUUGUCGAGCUCCCCUCUAUCCUGAUGGAACACUUUGUCUCCUCCCCUGACGUCCUCGCACUUUUCGCAACCCACUACGCGACGGACGAACCUCUUCCCCUCCCCCUUCUUCAGGCGCACUUGGCACAGCAGCGCUCGCUCGCCGCGCUCGAGACGCACGGCCAGAUCCUCAUGGCCAUCCUGGACCAAUCUUACCACUCCCUCUCCGCCUCCUCGCUCCCCACAUUCGACAGCACCGCGACGCACCAGGCGCUACAACGGAGUAUCGGCGUUAUUCCCCCAGUCGAGAAUACAGCGUGGCAGACGCAAUUCGGACAUCUAUACGGGUAUGGCGCGACGUACUACUCGUACCUCUUCGAUCGAGCUAUUGCGAACAAGAUGUGGCAUACGCUCUUCAGGGAUCCGGAGGACGGUGGGAGCCUGAGCAGGGAGGGCGGCGAGGUGUUGAAGCAGAAGGUACUCAAGUGGGGUGGAGGGCGAGAUCCAUGGGUCAUGGUCGGGGAUCUGAUAGGUGGGGCGGAGGGCGAGGUCGUGAGGAAGGGAGAUGAGGAGAGUAUGAGAGUGGUGGGCAAGUGGGAGCUCAAGUGA